UACUCCACAACCUCAGCAACUCAUUCACCACAAAUCUCUUCUUAUCAUCCCCAUCAUCCUAAUCCUCACCCUUUUCUCUUUUCAGACUUUAAUAAUAAAUUUGCCUAAUUUAUCAUAAUUACUAAUUAGUGUCUGAAAAUGGCUGUGGACUCAGCUCUGUCUUCUCCGUUGGGUCCUCCGGUCUGUGAAAAAGAUGCAAAAGCCCUCCAAUUCAUUGAGGAAAUGACCCGAAACGCCGAUGCUGUACAGGAAAGGGUGUUGAGCGAAAUCUUGGCCCGAAACUCCCAUACUGAGUACCUGAAAAGGUUCAAACUCGGCGGCGCAACCGACCGUGACACCUACAAAUCCGAACUCCCGGUGAUUACCUAUGAGGAUCUUCAGCCCGAAAUUCAACGUAUUGCUAAUGGAGAUCGCUCUGCUAUCUUGUCCGCUCACCCCAUUACAGAAUUCCUCACCAGUUCUGGGACUUCAGCUGGUGAAAGAAAACUCAUGCCGACGAUUAAGGAGGAGUUGGAUCGCCGCCAACUACUAUACAGCCUACUCAUGCCAGUAAUGAACCUCUAUGUGCCUGAACUGGACAAAGGCAAGGGGCUAUACUUUCUGUUCAUAAAAUCCGAAACAAAGACACCAGGUGGACUUUUGGCCCGGCCCGUACUUACCAGCUACUACAAGAGCGAACACUUCAAGACCCGACCCUACGACCCGUACAAUGUCUACACCAGCCCCAACGAGGCCAUUCUUUGCCCUGACUCCUUCCAAAGCAUGUACACUCAGAUGCUCUGUGGCCUCUUUGAACGUAACAAAGUUCUCCGCCUCGGCGCGGUCUUCGCUUCGGGCCUCAUUCGCGCCAUCCGGUUCCUCCAGCUCAACUGGGCUCAACUCGCCCACGACAUCCGAACCGGGUCUCUCAACUCGAAAAUUACUGACCCGGAAUUGAAAGAAUGCAUGAACCGAGUCAUGAGACACGAUUCAGAACUCGCCGAUUUCUUAACGGCUGAGUGUUGCAAAGACGAUUGGGAAAGAAUCAUUACCAGAAUCUGGCCCAACACCAAGUACCUGGACGUAAUCGUGACCGGAGCCAUGGCCCAGUACAUUCCCACAUUGGACUACUACAGUGGUGGUUUGCCACUCGCCUGCACCAUGUACGCCUCCUCCGAAUGCUAUUUCGGGUUAAACUUGAACCCGAUGUGCAAACCUGCCGAAGUUUCGUACACCAUCAUGCCCAACAUGGCCUACUUCGAGUUCCUCCCCCACGACCCGAAAACAGCGUCGUCUAGAGUCGUUGACUCGGAGCUCGUUGACCUUGUGGACGUGGAGGUCGGAAAGGAGUACGAGCUGGUGAUUACAACGUACGCCGGUUUGUACCGAUACCGAGUCGGUGACAUCCUCCGAGUCACGGGGUUCCACAACUCAGCACCUCAGUUCCACUUCGUGAGGCGCAAAAACGUUUUACUCAGUAUCGACUCUGAUAAGACCGACGAGGCGGAACUGCAGAAAGCGGUGGAGAACGCGUCGAAGCUUCUCUCGAAGUUCAACACGAGCGUGGUCGAGUACACGAGCUACGCGGACACGACGACCAUCCCGGGUCACUACGUGAUUUACUGGGAGUUGCUGGUGAAAGACCCGGCCAACGCCCCGAAGGCGGAGGUGCUGAGUCAGUGUUGCCUCGAGAUGGAGGAAUCACUGAACUCAGUGUAUCGUCAAGGACGAGUGGCGGACCACUCAAUCGGGGCGUUGGAGAUUCGGGUGGUGAGAUCCGGAACAUUUGAGGAGUUGAUGGACUACGCGAUAUCUAGAGGCGCGUCUAUCAACCAGUAUAAGGUGCCGAGGUGUGUUAACUUUACUCCCAUAAUGGAGCUCUUGGAUUCGAGGGUGGUCUCCACGCAUUUUAGCCCCGCUUUGCCGCAUUGGACACCGGCAAGGAGACUGUAGUUUAAAUUUUAAUUAUCCUAUUUUGGAUCAAGUCAACGACUUAAGUUAAUUAAUUCUGUAUAAUUUUUUUUAGCUUUGAUUUUUUCCUUCUUGUUUAUUAUUAUGGGUUAGGUUUUUGGUUGGGAAUAUCAUAUAAAUUUUAUUUGAAAAAAGAAAAAGAAAGUGUAUGUUUGAUUAGGACGUUUCAAAGGUCAGGUUUUGUAUUUUGGUUCAAUUAACUUGUGAGAAAAGGAAAUGAUGUGACUCUCAUGUUAUGCUUACUUAUGGCUUAUCAAAAAGAUGAUGUUCUAAUUCA